AUGUCCUUGGCAGAAUUCGAUGAAAUCAAAUAUGAUAACUCCGUGGAAAGAUUGGACCGUCCUUCUAAAUAUUUAUUAAGAAAGGCCCGUAAAAAUCAUGCCAACGGUUUAGACGAUUUGCGUCAAUCCAUGAGAAGUUCUACUAUAUAUGUGGGGAACCUAUCAUUCUAUACAUCUGAAGAACAGAUAUACGAGCUAUUCAGCAAAUGUGGUGUUAUUAAGAGAAUCAUCAUGGGGUUGGAUCGUUUCAAGUUCACACCAUGUGGUUUCUGUUUUGUGAUAUAUAAUAAACCAAGGGAAGCUUUAAAUGCUGUCAAGUAUUUAACAGAGACCAAAUUAGACGAUAGAAAUAUUUCAAUUGAUUUGGACCCUGGAUUCGAAGAUGGUCGUCAAUUUGGUCGUGGGAAAAGUGGUGGUCAAGUCAGUGAUGAAUUAAGAUUUGAAUACGACGCCUCCAGAGGUGGGUUUGCCGUUCCAUUUGCUGAUAGAGUUGGCGGUGCUACUAGUAGUAAUUCUGUCCAUGGCUCAAUGGGUGGACCAAGAAGAGGUCGUUUCAACCCUCACAGUCGUCCAAAACCACGUUACGUUCCUCCACCAGAUGCUAUGGGUAGUUUCGCUAGUUCAUCUACUAACAACGAUGGCAUGGGCGGUGAUGAAGAAGAUGAAGAUACUUAUAUCCCUCAAUAA